AUGCCCUCACCGAACCCCUCGACCUACUAUGAAAUGCUAUUCAAUUCGUCUUCCCUCAACCUGGUGAUACCCGAGAUAUCCUCUUCACCUGAAGAGCCGAGCGGGACUAGCGACAAAGACGACUUGGGCAAGUGGUGGGAGGACGUAGAAGGAUCUUCCUCGAUGAGGGAAUCAGCAUUCUUUGACGAAAAGCUCUUCUAUUUCCUUUCGAUGCACCUUCCCGACGAAGUCUUACGCGAUCUACCUGGUACUCCCGCGAUAGAUGCUAAGGAGCCUACUUCUGAAUUGUUAAGAUUCCUAGGUAGAUUACAGCCAUCAAUGUCAGCGUCAUUCAUUCCCUCGUUACCACCUCCGAAUCCCAGAUCAACAUUCACACCCACAGCUUCAAUACCUAUAUCAACCUCUUCUUCAUCCCUCGCACCACCUGCACCUCCACGUACACCCCUCUCCAAUUCAUCCACCUCUGAACAAGGGUCAAACCCACCUGUCACACCCAACCCCUUCCCAGCGAUGAACCAGGGUGAAGAGCAAUAUGCGAAUGUCGAGGGUGUGGUAGUGUGGGAAGGAGCCGUGGAAGAAGUCUCUGGCCCAUGGGAAGAAGGGAAUAGUAAGAGUAAGCUACCCACAAAAGGAACAAGUGGUGGUGGAAGGAAGGUUAUAAGAGUGAAAGAUGGUUGGGAGGUAAUCUGGAGAGGUGAAGUUCCAAUUGCCUAUGUAAGAACUCAAAUCCAGAAUCCAUUAUUGGCUCUCACUGCAUCUGUGACUCUUCGUGAUCAGACUCACAAUACCAAGACACAUCGACGUAAUGCUCAAAGUAUCGAUACGUCUUCGAUACGGAGUGGAACGACCAUACGGACGGAGGGGACGGAUUAUGAGGGAUAUGAAGAUGAUGACGGCGAUGAGUACGCGAGUAUGGAACAGAUUGAUUUACUGGGUGGAUUAGCAGGAGGUGAAGGUAUCAUGCCUGCGACCAGACUUGCCUCCUCAAUACGAGAAGAUUUAUCUAUACAUACUUCUUCAUCUUCAGAAAAUUCCCCGUUGCCCUUGUCAGGCAUCACACCUCUAUCUGCUCCAACUAUUGUUACUCCCUCGACCACAUCUACCGAGGGUUCCGGACCAAGUAGAGAGAAAGGCAACUUACCGUCUACUAUCCAACCUAUCGUAUCGACAACACUACGUAAAUCAUACAGAAGGGUAUUAUCGCUCUCACCUGGUCUACGAGUAAGGAUGCGAACACUAUUCUUACCUCAACUGUUGACCUCGGACGAAGUGGAUGAAGAGGAAGGUGAAAAAUGUGUGAUACUUUGCAUAGAAAUCGAAAAUUCCCCUGAAUCGUCUUUGGAUAAUGGGUUCGAAGUGAAUAAAGUCAAUUUGGAAAUCUCAGGUAAAGGAGGAAAGGUAUCUACUGAGUUGAUCGAAAAUACAAGAUUCCCGCUCCGACUCGGUAGUAUAGAACAAUAUAAUCUCUUAUACAAAGUUAUGAUCGCUUCUUCGCCCUCUUCAUCCUCGACUGGUCAUGGUGAUACCGCAGGAAAAGACGGAGUUGAAGAGAUUGUGAAUAAAUCUUUGGGAAGGACAGAUGAAAUCAGACCUGUGUCCAUUAUUGUUAUUGGGAAACCAUUUACAAGGAUCACUCAAUCGAGAGAAGAAGGAAAAAAAUACAAAUACCAAACGAAAGAAUUUCAUUCAAGAUGGAACUGUUCAUUAGAUCUAAGUUCGUUCCAUCAUGAGGAUAAACAUAACUUACCGGCGAUAUUACCCAAAUCACAAAAUGCAAGUAAUAGAAAUUCGAAGACGACAAGCCUACCUGCAAGUAACAGUAUAGCAAUCGCAGGGGACAAGCGAUACUCUUUGGCUCACUUGUUGACAAUUGAGAAAGAAAAAGAAUUACAACACAGAAAACCUUUGAUGCCAAGUCAAAUGAUCAAUCACAACCAACGUGUCACUUCGCUGAAUGCCAAAACCCACCAAGCGCAUCAAGAAAAUGGAUUAUUGGUUUCAAUCAAACUACUACCAUCUGCCAGCUCAAAAUACAAUUCUGCGAUUCAACCACUGGAGACAUUUUCAACCGAGAUAUUCGUACAUAAUCGAUCGGAUCAAACAAAGAGAUUUAGACUGAACGUACCUCCCCGAGAUACUGGUUCAGCGGGGGCGGAAAAUAGGUUGAGAGAAAUUUGGGAUAAGAGAAAGAAUUCGAGAAAGGGUCAGGACGAUGUGGAUUUGGGAGUGGACGAUACAAUCCUCAAGCAAUCACUUUCUUCCCAUUCAUCCACAUCCCCCUCGAUCAUACCAUUAGAAAAUGACAUACGCUGUGGACCACUCUUACCUUUCACUAGUUUAUCGACAAGGAUCAAAUUCCUAGCUUUGAGAAAAGGUUUACAUAAGAUUGAUAAAUUGAGAGUGAUCAGUAAUGAUAAUGAAUUUGAUUUCAUGAUUAGUCCAGUACUUGAUAUUGUGGUUGGAUAG